GCCUCUCCACUAGCUGAUCGAGCCAACAUUUUUCAACCGUCGGUGCGGUGUGAUCCAAGUACAACUGCUUCUCCAGGUUCUGAAAACGGGGGUAAUAUGGACGGUACCGAUGUCAUGAGUCGUUUCCCAAACUUAUCGAAAAUGGCUGAAGCUGUUGGAAAUGUCGACGUCGUUGCAAAGGUUGAGUCGUUGAAAAAGUGGACGAUUGGCACAUUCAAGAAUUCAAGACAACAACUCUUGGAGCAUAUGGGAAAGAUUGACAAAACUGUUGAUGAACAGUUUGAGAAGGAAUGCGAAGAGCUCAAGGAUUUGCACAGAAGGUACGGAGCUGUGGUCAACGCUGCACGUGAAUUCACCAAUCUUUUGACUCAGCUGACUCAAGCCGAGAAAAAUCUUGCAGAAAGUCUUCAACAGCUGUCAAUCAAAGAAGUCGCCAUUAAGCCUCAAUGCUCCACAACUUCUGAAUCAAUGCGACGUGUCGCCGAGCAGGCUACUGCACUCGAUGGUUGCUUGCGGUACUUUUGUCCUCAAUGGAAACCCUCCAUGCGAAAACCAUUGUCGACACGUUUUUUGGAAACAAAUCUAUCAACUGAGGCACGGAUCGAGUUCGAUGUUAGCCGUCAUGAAUUGGAAUCGUUACAUAGCCAAGCCACGGCUAGUCCAACUGCUAUUCAAGUCGCUAGCGAUAAAGCCAGCCAACAUCGUGACAAAUAUGAAGGAUUGAAGGCAGAUGUUCGCGUGAAGUUGCGAUUUCUGAGAGAAUCUUGCUUAAAGUGA